GGGGCGUUAGCGCUGGAGUCAGGUGGGCGCCGCAGGGAAGCGACCCGAGAGGACGGGGGUGAGGCGCUGAGGUCCUCGGGGAACACUGUCUCGUGGACGGCGGCCAAUGAGAAACCGCAGGCCCAGCCGGUCGCCGCUGCCCGGAGCCACCCCCUCCACCUGAGGCAUCGCCCGGCAAGCGGGCCAUGUUCCUACCCGCCUCUGUCAUAAACAGCCACACGGAAGGCAUGUUUCCCAGAGUCCUGCGAGCCAUCGCACCAAAAGAUGGACCCCGGGGAGAAGGUCCUAGGAACCUCGACUUGGCCACGUUGGACAGAGGUCUUGGGCCCCCUGGGCUCCUACUGCUGGCAACCGGCGUCUGGGUCCAGGUCCCGGUAGUGAGUGAGAAUAGGGUGAUGCUACAGGACAUCCCUCUCCCUGGAUACACACGUGCUCACGUCACGCACGCACAGGACGGAGCCCCGCCUGCCCUGCACGCGGCCCCUCCCCCGACGAGGACGCUCGGUGCAGAGGGAAGGAUGCCAGCCCUGCGGCUGAAGCCCAAGCCCAGGGCGCCAGUGACGUUCGGGGACCUGGCCAUCUAUUUCUCCCAGGAGGAGUGGGAGAAGCUGAGCCCCGCACAGAAGGGUCUGUACAGGGACGUCAUGUUGGAGACCUACCAGACCCUGGCCUCUCUCGGACUGUCCGGUCGGAAGCCAGAUGUGAUCACCUUGUUGGAGAAAGGGAAAGUACCCUUGACGGAAGGAAGACACCCCGGCCUGGGGUCUAAAUGUGAGACCAAGAAGUUACCUCCAGAUCAUUGCAACAAACCUGGGCAAAGCAUCUGUCAGAAACCAGUUUCUGCAUCACGAAUAGGUCCCACGGGGAAGAGAGGCUGCAAGAAAAAUUCAGCCCUAAAGAAACCCAAGAAAGUGCAUCCAGGGAAGAAGUCAUUAAAAUGUAAUGACUGUGGGAAAACCUUCAGUCAAAGCUUCUCUCUUAAACUUCAUCAGAAUUCCCAUACUGAAGAGAAACCUUAUGAAUGUAGCCAUUGUAGAAAAGCCUUCAGACAGGUCUCGUCCCUCCUCCUUCAUCAGAGAAUUCACAACGGAAGGAAGAGCCAUGAAUGUGAUCAAUGUGGGGAAAGCUUCACGCAGAGAACAACCCUUCUUCUACAUGAGAAAAGUCACGGUGGGAAAGGAACCUCUGACCGUGGGAAGACCUUGAGCCCAUGUCCCACCCUCAGGAUACAUCAGAAAACUCUCCUUGAUGAAAAUGCCCGCCCGUGCAGAAAACGUGGGAAAUCCUUCAUUCGAAGGCCAUCCCUUUCACGUCAUAGGAAAAUCCACAAUGAAAAGAAAAUCCACGAAUGCAGUAAAUGUGGGAGAGGCUUCCAUAAGAAAUCAGUCCUUGUUCGACAUAAAAGAGUUCAUACUGGAGAGAAAACUAAUGAGGGUGAGAAGGCCUCGAGUCAGCAGAGCAGCCACCAUUUAGAGAAUCCUUAUAAAUGUAGAAAAUGUGGAAAAUCUUUUAAUAGGAUCUCAUCCAUCAUGCUUCACCAGAGAAUUCAUGCUUCAGAGAAACCCUACAAAUGUGAUAAGUGUGAGAAGGUCUUCCAGCGGCUUUCAACCCUUAUUCUACAUCUAAAAACUCAUAAUGGAAAGAAACUGUACAGAUGCAAUAAAUGCGAGAAGGUCUGUAAUCGGCAUUCAUCCCUAAUUCAACAUCAGAAAGUUCAUACAAGGAAGAAGAAACUCUUUGAAUGUAAGGAAUGUGGGAAGAUGUUUUCUGAAACUGCCAACCUUAAAAUACAUCAGAACAUUCAUUCUGAAGAGAAGCCUUUCAAAUGCAACAAAUGUAGUAAAGUGUUCGGCCGCCAGUCAUUUCUUAUUGAACAUCAGAGAAUUCAUACAGGGGAAAAACCGUACCAGUGCGAGGAAUGCGGGAAAGCUUUCAGUCAUCGGAUAUCUCUUACUCGACAUAAGAGAAUUCAUACUGAGGACAGACCGUAUGAAUGCGACCAGUGUGGCAAGGCCUUCAGUCAGAGCGCGCACCUUGCCCAACAUGAAAGGAUUCACACUGGAGAGAAGCCGUACACGUGCAAGACCUGCGGGAAGGCCUUCAGUCAGCGCACUUCCCUUAUUCUACACGAACGAAGUCAUACAGGAGAGAAGCCCUAUGAAUGUACUGAGUGUGGGAAGGCCUUCAGCAGUGGCUCGGACCUCAUCCGGCAUCAGAGAAGUCACUCCUCAGAGAAACCCUACGAGUGCAGUAAAUGUGGGAAGGCAUACAGUCGGAGCUCAUCCCUGGUUCGACAUCAGAAUACACAUUCAGAAGGAAAAACCUAAGGGUGUUACUAAAGCAAAGACUGAGUCUCAAAGUAGCAGGUACAGAGGCAGGGGGGAAAUGCAUUUGUCUCUAACACACAUUUUGUAAAAAUGGGGCCGUUUGAUGAUGCUUCCCCCUUUGAAAGCCAAA